AUGAUCGAGUUCUUUUUGGGAAUUAUCGUCGGUGUUGCUGGGGUCAGUUUUCAAAGCUGUCGAUUGUGAAACCUCGAGUUAAAUUCUUAAAUUUUGAAUGUAUUGAUUAAUUUGCUUUCUGAAGUUUCGAUAUAGAAAUCGAAAAUUCCUCUAGGUUCUCAAUAUUCUAUAGUGUCAGAUGAAUUUGGAAUUGUAGGGAUUUACUGGAGUGAAUUUUUACCUGGUUUAAAAAAUUUCAGUUUCAGUUUUUGAUAAUUUUGGUUUUUUGUUUUCAUAAAAUAGGUUUUUUAAUCAAGCUUUUCUUCCUUUUUUUUUUCAAGUAUAAAAUUUUCCAGAUUCUUUUUUUCGUGUACAAUUAUCUAGCAGAACCGUUGGCUCCGCCUGCGGCCGAACCAUUUAUCGACCAAUUUCGACCUUGUCAGAUUCCCGAGGUCGGUUUUACAGGAGGAUUUUGUUCAUACGCGAGAAAUUUUGGAGAGAAAGAGAGAAAAAAAUUUUUACAUCCCCUCAAAAAAGUUUAUUUUUUAAAGUUUUUUUGUCAAUACAACUUUUUCUGAGAGAAUUAAAAUCACAUGAAUCCUGAUAAUGGAAAUCUAAAAUGUAUUUUUCAGGAACUCCGAGCUUUUCUGAAAUCGGGUGAAGAUGGUCAGGGGAUCUCGAAAUGGGAAUCCUGCUUUUCCAUCAGUUUAUUAUUGCACAUGCUUUUUCAAGAACACAAAGAUACGCGACAAUUGAGAAGGUUUGUUGUAUUUUUCAAAGAUUUCUCAAAAGUCGAAAAGAAAGUUUAUUCGGUAACUUUCCGAUAUUAAGAUGGGUUCACAAGCGCUUGCAAAUGGAGCUGAACGAUUUGACGACGAGAACAACGGCUGGCCGUUUGAUUCAGGUUUUCCCACAACUUGGUUCAUUUCUUGAUUAAACUUCUGAGAAUUUUGAGUUUUCAAAAUUCUCCCUUAUUUUCCAUAAGAAACUUUUUUCAAAUCAAUUUUUUAACUAUUAUUCUAAACUGUCUUGGAUGUCGUUAAACAACGGUUUCAACAAGUUUUCCUUGCUUUUUUCGGAGUCAUUCAAAAUUAAAUUGAAAAAUAAUUAUGAUGGUUUCUUUAGUUUUUUUUUACAGUUUUCAUUAUCGACAAUUUGUUCAAGUUAUCAUCCACUAUAAGUCUCAGAUAAAUGGGAAAUAAUGUCAAAUUUUGAAGGAGAUCCAAAUCCGCGAACUCUCGCUUGGCGCUAAAUUUGUGACCGUGAACUCGAUUCGUGUCGAAAAAGUAGAAAUGUCGCAGGACAAAAACAUUUUCGAGGUUUUUCACAGCUUUUUGAGAGAGUUGAAUGGAAUUUGUUUUUAGAAGAUUAUUUUCGUAUUGGAUAUCGAUUAUUCCGGCGGCUUCGAGACGGCCAUCGACGUCGCUUCCUUCAUUGCCAAACGCGCCAGUCUUUCUGUCAAGGUUCUAAAGUUAUUAUAUUCAAAUUAUCAAAAAAACUUUCAUCUAAGUUCAUCGUUCACAAUAUUUCUUAAAAGAGUAAAAAAAUAAUUCUUCGAGAUAUAAAUUUUUCCGAAAAAAAUGAGGCAAAAAUAGAAUUAAUGUUUUUUUGGAAAAAUAUAUUUUUUUCUCGCAGCUCUCAAAAACUUUUUUUGCUGCUAUAUUGAGUCGGAAUUCCGCGGCAAGUUUUUCAAAAAAAUAAUUUUUUUAAAAAAAUAAAUCUAAUUAAACGAAUUACCGUACAAAAAAACGAGGUUUUAACAUCUCUCAUUAAAUUUUUUUCGCUUCAAAAAUGACAGUGAUAGGUGUAGUUUCAUUAGAUAAAAAAAAGAGUUUUUAAUUGGCUGAAUUCUUGGAAUUUUUAAAAAAAACAAUAGUAUAACCGUGAAUUUAUACCCGUUUCCAAAAAUUAUAAAAGACAUUUUUCAAGUCUUUGGACAAUAGAAUUCAAUAUUUAAUAAUCAUAUUCUAAAGAAUAGAACUUCAUUUCCUUAUUCCUAUCUGAGUAAUGAUACGUUUCUGUCGGACAUUAUUUUGUAAGAGGAAUUUUUAAAGGAAUUUUCGUAUUUCAUGGUCCCAAGCAUUACUGUUUAAAUUACCCACUGAAAAGUUAUAAUAAAUCGACAAUAAAUCAUUUUUCAGAUAACUAAACUAACGGGUCUUGUACGUGUAGUUCUAUCGCGUCAACCGUACAAUUAUUGGACGUUUUCGUUUGUUUCAACGCCGGUUUUUGAAACUGAGGUUAUUUUUUUCGGAUUUUGAUGUAUUUCUUUCAAUCCAAUUAUUUCGUGUUCAAAGUGAUGUCGCGGAGAUCAAAACUAACUUUGACAAUCCAAAAUUUGCUAACUCUUUUCAUUCCCUGAUGGUUAUUUCGAAUCGAAUACGGUAUAAACUCUACUUUUUGAAAAUCAGUGAAUUUUGCAUUAAAAUUCAUUACUUUUUAACCGAAACUUUUAUUUGCCCCCAAAUUUUUUCGUUUUCGCUCAAAAUUUGGUUUCAGAUCAGCUCACAAAUCCAAGGUCAUCAACUGAAACGGGUCAUUCCGAUCAUAAAAGAAGGGAUUCGGAGAGCCCUUCAAAGGAAACAUGUCUGGCCGAAUUAUAAGAUCCGCUACCGGCCGAUUUUCCCGAAUCCGCUCUUCCAGGCUUCCUCUCCGCCCAGUGGGUUUUUGACAGGCGAAAUCAGUUGAAAAAAAUUAGUUAAAAUUUUUUAAAAUAUUGAAGAAAGUUCGUAGAUGUUUGGCUCUGAAAUUAUUUUGCAUGUAUUUUUUUUCAAUGCUCACAGUUUUGCUAUUAUUCUCGGCAAAGAAAAAAAAAGUUGUCGAAUUUGUAGAUGAAUAAAAAUUUUCAAGUUUCAGUCUUUAAUUUGCUCAUUUUCUUAACAAAAACACGACUGUUAGAAGAGAAAUGUUGAUUGUUUUUUAAUAUCUAAAAAAAUCUUUAUUUUUUUCUUGUUUUGUGAGACCCUAAGCGUUCAUUUUUUUCAUUUAAUCGAGAAACUCAAUUUUUAAAUAUUUUGUUCAAACUAAUUGUUUUUUUUUGUUUUUCACUUUCUCGAAAAAACAAUUUAUAUCUCGUAGGGGUUUGCAGUGAUAUUGAAACUUGAUCAUCGUCUUUUCAAGUUGAAGAAUAAUUUUGAGGCUGCUUCGCUCAUGUGAAACUAGAGGGAGGCAUGGAGGUGACGGUUCUCCAGUGCAGUAGACUGAAAAAUGUCCUUCUGGAGGAUGAAAACAAAACCUACGAGGUCUACUGUACAGUCGCCAUGGGUUUGUGGGAUUCGAUCAACUUCACAAGAAAAAAAUCGUGAUUUUCCAGACCACCGUCCGUUGCUUCAAAGCGGCUACGGGGAACAGGGCCACUGUGUCAGCGUGAUGCUCACGUUUUCUCGCUUCGAUUUGGCGACUCCAGUUGGAAUCGUCUUCGAGAAAGCCGUCUAUGUCAACGGAUCGAGGCCUGUCCGCGUGCUUUCCGUCGAGGACAACAGCCUGGCAGACAAGGCUUCUUUCAAGCCUGGUUAGCGCUGCAGAGAGCUUCAAAAAGUCAACUUAUAUGAGUUUUUAAAGUAGUAGUAGUGCUUCUAGGGAUAGUAGGGGCUCAUGCAACUUGGUUGCAAUGUUUGAAGGAGUUCUAAUAAAGUUGCAAGCGAAUAGCCUUCAUGUUUUCUUCUUUCGAUUCUCAGGUAAAACUGAAAUUCAUAUAGCCCAGUAAGUUUUUAAAAAUGUUCUUAAAUCGCAGGAUGUUAUUAUUUCUGGAGCUGAAAAAACUUUGAAAACUCGGCCAUUGGUCCGUUUAUUUCAAGCCAACAAAUAAAACAUACUUUUUGGAAGUUAGCCUAAAAGUCAAAUAUACUCGAUUUUUUUUUUUGAAUUCAGCUUUAAAAAAAAGUCUCACAAAACAAAAAUCAGCUGACAGAAACUUGAAUUUAUCCUCAGAUGUUGUUUUUUCGACUCACUGUCUUAACAAUCGAAAAUCUUGUCUUGUACCUGUAAUAUCUAUUACAUGCACACAAGGAAAAAAUUCACUAUCGGGUUAAGAACUUUGAAAGUAUCCUUGAAGGUUACUUUUUCUCUAUUCCAGGAGACGUUCUCGUGGCCAUCAACAACGUGCCGAUCAGAAGCGAAAGACAGGCCGUAAGAUUCCUUCAGCAAACGACGGGAGAUCUAUUGGUUCUUGUGGAAAGAAGUCUUGACGACAUCGAUGACGACGAGUUGAAAGGUGGUGAUAAUUAAUGGAAUGUACAAUAAUCAUUGUCUUUUUCAGACGGAGAAGUGAUGAUCGGUGACGUCAGCAGCAACACCGAUGACUCGUUCUUGGUGGUCGGAGAGCUCACGGCGAGGGAACGGUCUGAAGAAGUUGAGGCGGUCGUCCGGAUGCGAAAGACGUCGGAAGACGAUCGACGCACCAGCAAGGAGCUCAGCGUCACUUCUACCACUGACUGUGAGUUUGGGGAAAGGUUCAGAAAGAGUCGAAAAAUUGUCGUUGACAUCUUGCAUGUUUUGAAUCUACAUGAAAUCAAAACUUAUUUUUUUAUGCCUCCGAAAGGACAGCAGCCUCUCAGGAAUUCAAAAAAGAAUUUAAUCUUCUCACUAUUCAUAACGAACUUUGAAAUGUUGAACUUUUAAAUAAUUUCGUAUGGAGCGCUCAUCACUCAGAGCUAUUUAAAGGAAGUCUGCGAGUCAAGUUCCUUGUUUUUGUGUUGACAUUUCGUAAGGUCUACACAAAAACAAGGAACAUUUAUCGCUGUCACGAGGGCUCAACGUGUGUUUUUGUGGGUGUAAUAUUGCUCUCACACGGAUGUUCUCAGGAGCCAAAUCGUUCUCCAGGAGAGACUUUUGAUGUUCGUUUCAGAUGGGGACUUACUGACGUUUUCUCUCUUUUUUCUGGUUCUUAUGGCUUUUUUUAUUGGGUGCGUGCAUGUCACAAGCUGCUCAACGAAAAACUGGUGUCUAGAGUUCGCAAAGAAAAUGAAAACUCUGUCGGGGAACGUUUGAAUCAGUCCUCAUACAGACUGAAGACAUUUUAAUUUUGUAUUUAGAAGUUAUCCUAAAAAUUUGUUUAGAGUUUAGAAUGGGAAAAUUCCUGAACGGGUCCUUUUUUAUCAAAAUCUAGAUGAAAAUUGAUUAUAAAUAAAAACUUCAACAAUUCGAAAAUCGAAACUCAGUCGAAGAAGAUUAUUAUUAUUCAAAAAAAGCUCUUCAGCUCUACGCCGGCACAGCGUUUCGAACAUGGAAUCCUCAAUAAUGGACAACACAGAUUCCCUGGAUUCUUCCCUCAUUUCUUUAGGUACGCCAAAAAUCGUUUUUCCAAUCUAGACAAAAGUAAUCAGUUCCUCAUUAAAAACUUGCUGUGUUGGAAGUUCGGGAAAAAGUGUUGGUUGUAUGGAGAAAUUUGGCAUUUGGACAGAAGUAGUGUAACUUUUCCUCGGGAAAGAAAAGAGAAAAAACUCAUCAACGCUAGAUGGCAAGACUAGAACCGGUUUGGACGCGUCAGGAAAAGCGACACCCUUUUUUCCGGGAACCAUCGUCGAUAAGGCAGUAUAAAAGGCUGAGUAGCCGAAGGAAGAGUCGCCAAAGUCAUGGACAUCGACUCCAAGAUCAAGGCGUACCGAUUCGUCGGUUAUGCCGCGCUGACCUUCUCCGUGGUCGCCAUCCUGUCGGUGUGCGUCACCCUGCCAAUGGUGUACAACUACAUCCACCACGCCCGUCGCUCCAUGCACCACGAGAUGGUCGAGUGCAAGGCCGAGGCCAAGCGCCUCUGGGGAGACGUCUACGCCGUCCCCAACGUCAACAGAACCGCUCGUUCCGUCGGAGGAGACGACCAAUGCCAGGGAUGCUGUCUUCCUGGAGUCGCUGGUCCACAAGGUACCCCCGGCCGACCUGGCAAGCCAGGAAAGCCCGGAGCGCCUGGACUCAACGGAAAUCCUGGACGUCCACCAAAGGAGCCGUGCGAGCCAAUAACUCCACCACCGUGCAAGCCUUGCCCAGAAGGACCACCUGGACCAGCCGGACCCCCUGGAGCUGCUGGAAACCGCGGACCACCUGGAGGCGUUGGAACUCACGGGCCUGACGGAGAGCCUGGAGCGCCUGGCAACAAGGGACCAAACGGACCUCCUGGACCAGCUGGCAAGCCUGGACCACCUGGACCAGCCGGAGAGAACGGACGAAACGGAGAGCCACAGCCUGGAGCUCCUGGAGAGCCUGGAAGACCAGGACAGCCAGGACCACGAGGACCAGCCGGACAACCUGGAAAGGACGGAGCUCCUGGACCACAAGGAGAGAAAGGCGCGCCUGGAGGCUCUGGAGAUGCUGGACGCGACGGACAGCCUGGAGCGCCUGGGCAGCCAGGAAAGGAUGGACAUCCUGGAGAGCGCGGUAUCUGCCCCAAGUGAGUUUUUUUCUCAUAAAUAGAUAAGUUGACAAAGUUAGAAAGAUUUUUUGAAUUUGCAUUUUAACAACUCAAGCUUUUUCGAUUUUUUUUUUCCAAAAAAAGGUCUUCCAAAAUUUCGAUUUUUAAAAGCGUCUCUCGCGAAGCUUUAAAAGAAAUUCGCCUCAUUUUGAAAGCCGCGUCUCUUACUAUCAGUUCAAAAGUUCAAAUUUUUCUUUCUCAGCCUUUUAGAAAAACUAGAAGCUUCCGAAAGAUCUAAUUUGCCUAGAAGGCUGCCUGAAACUAACAAAAGCUUCACCUCGAAAAAAAAAUCUCAUCCCCACCUUUUCUCAGGUACUGCGCCCUCGACGGAGGUGUCUUCUUCGAAGACGGAAGCCGCCGUUAAACACGUGCGGACGUUGCUCGCUGCCACUGCCAUGCUCCUUAGAAAUUAUAGAAAAAAUAAAGAAUUUUCUUGCAUCCUUUCUGAACUUCCAACACAGCAAAAAUGGGGAAAUCGAGUGAAAAAUAAGAAUUUCAUGGGUUGAAAAUUUGUAAAUUUUUAAAAAUUGUGGCCACAAGAAGAUUAAAAAAAAGAAAAGUGGUCUUAGAUGGACUCGCGGUUUUUAAGAUAGUUCACAAUUCCGAACUUCCAACAGGCAAAAAAAAAAUUGUAAUUGUGUGUAAAUGUCUUUAAGACGCGACUCGAUUUGACCGUCCCAACGUUGCAAGCGUUCAAAGAACCGAAAGCGCCAGGGUGCCACAGCUCCUCGUCAGUCAGCCAAGCUUCGAUCUGAGGAGGACGAGGUAUAAAACAGAUUGCUCCAUUAGAAGAAAAAACUGAAAGUCGGCGGGAUAUACCGCUUAUUCGGAGGUCUUGACGUUUGUUUUUCAAUAAGAAAAAGGGCUUGUUGUCAAUAGGUGAUUAAUUUGAUCAAUGAAUUAAAAACCAUGUCAAAAAAUAAGUAUAAAAUGAUUUUAAGAAGGUUUGAUUCGUAUGUAAUAAUUUCAGAACGAUUUUUAGAACCAUAUGAAAGAUUUUUUUGAAAUUACCCACGGGGUAAUGCUUUUUUAAUUCUACUCGUGAACUGAAUUCGGCAUGGACCAUUUUCUCUAGAUAGACUGGAAGAAGCGUUAGAGAGAAUCAUGAAGAAAGUUAGAAAUUCUUAGUAACUCUUUUGGAAAAUAAAAAUAAAAACUUGCGACUGUCCUAUUACCUUGUUUACUGUGAGACUUAUAAAAAAAUUAUCAUUAGAAAAAAAUUAGUACACAUUGCUUUUUUUAAAGCAUCUUAUGAUUAUUGCAGUAGAAAAAUUUAGAAUUUAGUUUCCCGGCUUGAGACACUUUUUGGAAUCGUACGAAAACUUCGAACGGUUUACGGAUCGAAAAACUAGGUUUUUUUAAAUUCCAAAGCUUGUAUAAUUUGUCUGAAAUUAAUCAAAAAGAUGAAAAAUAUUUCGAUAGGAAUUCAUAAGGUGGCGAUGAAAGUUGCUUUUUCCCGUCACCUUCAGUGUUAUGGAAAAAGUCUUAGUUUGAAGUUUAAAAAAAUUUAUUUUAAUUCAAAGAAGUCUUUUUCCGGUUCGAGAAUGUCCUUGUUACAACGUUGAUAAUGAAUGAAGAGGCAGAAGACCAUUUUUUUUUUCUCUAAAUGAUUGAUUCAUUGUUCCCGUCCACUCUGCAGUAAUUGUCAUUUUCUGGACGUCCCUUGCAGAUCGGAAAGUCAGAUAGACGUGAAAUCGUUGGAAGCGGUCCAUGCUGCCAUUUCCUCGUCGUCCUCGCAACACGGAGACGAAGAAAAAGUUGGCAGUUUCAAGUGUAAACUGGGAAACAAGUGAUAUUGCGCAGGUCCGUGUGGUCAAUGUGGGUGCGUUGGGGCGCGUUGCACCGUCGGAAACGGCCAAUGAACUCGGAGUUUCGAGAUUGGAGACUGCUGACAAGGAUAAGACUUUGACCCAGAUGGAUGCCAUUAAAGGGGUGGGUUUCGGAUAGUUAGAAGUUUUAUUGAAGAAGAACGUACGAACUUGGCUGGAAACGUAUCGAAUAUUUUUUAUUUCCUGAAAAAGAACUUUUUUUCCGACGCACAUGAGAUGUAUAAGUAAAAAUUCAAAGUUAAAUUUUUUUUUCAUUUUUUUUUCAUUUCUAUCAAUUUCGUAAUUCCGGUCACAUCAAGAAAAAUAUUUAUAAAUUAGUUAAAUCGUUUAAAAAUUCAUUCUCAUGUUAUCAAAAUCUUUUUUUCGACUUUUUUUAGGGACGCAGAAAGUUUUACCAGAACCUCAGUUUGAAUAUUCUGAAAAAUUUCGAAAUUUAAAAACUUUUUCUUCCUUUCUAAACAAACUUCAAAAAAACUAGAUUUUUUUCAAAUUUUUUUCAGGAAGGUCAAAAAAAUUUUUUUAUUAAAAAAAUGCAGUCAAUAGCCGAUAGAAAAAAAUAUGAAUUCGAAAAAAACGUGCUCUGAAUGAUUUUGGACAUUUUUAAUUCAACUUAAUUGCAGUUUGAAGUGAUAAAAAAAUUCAAAAAAAGACAAUUAAGAUUUGAAAAAAAAACGUUUUUGUCAGGCUGGAAGCAUGGCUUCGCUUUCUUCAAUGAUCUCCACGCGUACGGAUCGAACCACCGACAACGGAACCGGAACUGAAGACGUCGGAGACGAAGACGACGGAAACAGCUCUUCAAUAUCCAGAAACCGACCUUCCAGCACGCGGAGACAGAAGCUUCAUGUAUGAAAGAAAAUGAAAAACCAGUUAAUAAAGUUUUCCAGGCGACGUUGGCCGCCGGCAAAAAACGUGUAUUGGAGCUCAUUCCACAGAAAAGGCGGAGUACUCCGGUCGAAAACUCACCAACGGUUUUUAUAAGGAAAAAAAAUUUAUUUAUCCUUGUAUUGAUCAGCGAGUCGGAUAUAUGGAGACCUGUAAAGCGAAAAAAUAGGGUGUUUUUAGAGAAGCAUUUUUAAUGAGAAGGAGAAAAAAUCGAAAACAAAAAGGAAAAAUUAGCGAAGCGAGGCACAAGUAAAAAGAAAAGGACGACGCACCAUGCUUUUAGUUUUUAAAAGUAAAUUGACAUUUUUGAGUUCACUUAAUUUUUUAAGAGAAUCGGUUUUGUGCUAAUGGAAAUAUGGAAUUUGACGCGUAAUAAACGAAUUGUUUAAUUUCAAACCAGUGGUGAAUAGACUACAAAAUUUUUUUUUUGGCAAAAACUUCAAUUUUCUCCUUUUUCAGGGUGGUCCAGGUGACUUGGACGCGGUUGAAGUAGGAACCGAUGCCGGAUUAAUGGACUUUGAACGAGAGGUUCUGAACAGCUUGGAUUUUUGCAAGACCGAAAUUUUCAGUCAAACUCUAGAUCUCCAUUGCCGCCUCUCAGUGGCAAACGAAGCCCGGUGGAAUGUCACGUCGUCGACAAAAAAGAGAAGAAAAAGUGGAGGAAAAAGUGAGAUUUUCGGGGUUUCAAAAAGAUAAAAUGGAUAAAGGGGCGACUCACCGCGGCAACGGGUGUCGAAGAACGUCUCGAACGACUCGCCGUCGUCUUCCAUGGCCAAAACUCGCUCAACGAAGCCUGUUCAGUACCAGAGGGUUCGUAGAAAUUCUCAUGGAGUUGAAUAACUUGUGUUCGUCUACAGGACGUCGUCUGGGGCCAGUCGCUGCACUUUGAGCUCGAUCCAGCUUCUCGGUCUGCCCUCAAGUACUUGAACGUCACUGUUCAUGCCAAAGAGGUACUUGAAAAUAUGUGUUUUUGUGCGAAAAUAAUGUAAAAAAUGUUUUUUCAAUUGAAAAAAUUUCGAUAACGGAAAAUAAUCGAAAAAAAAAAAAUAACUAAGGGACUUGAAACCGUUCCGCAAAAAAAAGAAACGCCAAUAUCUCUAUUCUAAGGUGAAACCUCCCUCUACAACUCCAGCCUCUUCUCACCCAACAACGGAAACUCCCGAAUCAUCAACGCCUGGACCGAAGCUGAACCCGUCGCCAAGCACGUCGGCCACGACUUCAGACCCACCAAGACCGAUUCUUCUUGGAUCUGUCAGUCAUAACCAUAUUUAUAUUCGUUCAAAUGGAAAUUUCAGGUCUCCCUGUACCUUCCUCAAAUCAUCGACGAUUGCCGCCUAACCCUCUCAAAUUGCCAUCGAGAAGUGUUCCAUAUGAAGCCUCCGCUGGAUACGCAGCCUCUUUUGGACACUUCCGAGUCCGUUUUGAUGUCUUAUUUUUCUAGCGACAGAGAUUUUUGAGCUUCCUGUAAUCUUGAAUAAUCAACCUAUUUUCUAGGUUUUUUCAGGUCAUAGAUUCAGCUAAAAAUAGAUUAUUGUUUUUUGGAAGUCCUAACACUUCACCUGAAUUUUGGUAAAUGUUUCAGGGAUUAAUGAAAAUCUUUACUCUUUCAUUUCUCAGACUUCAUCUAUUUUUGAAAAUACUAGCCUGAACCUUUUAAUGUUGAAAAAAAACAUCUCAAGUUCCCUUGUUUUAUUCCAGGACGAUUUCCGAGUUUUCCCGACACGCCGGCUUCGAUCCGAGGCUCUGCUACGGGGAUAUAACUCUUGGAUUUCGCUAUUUUCCUGAUGGCCUACCGUCUGGAGCUGCGUUGAACUCGGGAGAAGACAGGUUGAGAUUCUGAACCAUCCUUUUUACUCAAUUUUUGCCAUUUAGUGAUGAAGAAGUUCGGACCGCCCGUGUUGAACCAACUCGUCCGUUUUCUCCGCCGCUUCUGAUGCCCUCGUCUGGGCAUGACUGGAAGACGUGGUACAGCAAAAGUGGUAAGAAAUCGGAGAAGAUUCAUCAAAGUGACAUUUGAAGCAUUAAUGUUUAUCUUUUUCUUCUUCUUACGCCUUUAUACCGCUUGAGCGGCGUCGGCGCCCCAAGUCGAUUAGCCCAGGUCAUAUCCAGAUAUCAGUGAUAAUCAGUGGAUUGACUCUAGUGGCCUCUUCCUCCUGUGUGACGGUUGAGGAUUUUGAAGCCGUGAUUUCCCACUACCAGCAUUUCUUAAACUCCUUGGUUGGGUCGAGGCGCGGGUUGAGGCGCGGGUCGAACAUGUCACUCUGUGGACCGUAGACAGGCACACAACCUGUUGCGCUACGACGCGCCAUGAAGCUUAAAUUUUAAUCUCUCUUGAAAAAUAGAAAAGUAUUUUUCCAGCGACGACCUGUGCGAUGUGCCGCGGAAAGAUCUGGCUUCGGAACGCGUCGUGUUGCUCGAGAUGUCUGGCGAUUUGCCACAACAAGUGCGUCGUCAAGGCGAACAACGGAGGGAUCGCCUGUUCCCCGCAUCAACUCAACGUCGCUGAUUCCAAUUUUGAAGACGUUCGUGAAAGUUUUUCGAAGCGCUGCGUUCAAAAAUAAAUUUGAAUGCACGAAUGCAAAUGAUGACCUAUGAACAUUGCAAAUAGUUGCAAAACUUCACCGUUUCAAAUCUUUGAAAUGAUGUUAAUAAUAAGGAAAAAAGCAGUCAGCUGUGGGUUGCGCGUGCAAAUUAUUGAGAUGAGAGAGAGAGGGUUUUCUUGUUAGCCGAGAUGAAUAAGAACUUUUUUUCGAAUCAGACCUCCAUAUCCAUUGUAUAAUUUAAUAUCCAAAGAAAAUUAAACCGGAACCCAUUACUGCUUGGCUUUUGUCGAAAAUUUUGACUUUUUAGCUUUAACGAGAGAAAAAUUAUCAAUUGGUGUAAUUCAAUCUAAAUAAGGAAGAAGAAAACUUCAUUUUUUAUUUUUCUUCAGGAAAAAUUUACAAAAAAUAUUUCCAUUUUUUUUUUUUUUGAAAAUCAUUUUUCUCGGCAGAACGGAAGUUGAAAAAAUUCUUGAUGGACGACAUUUCUGAUAUGUUAAAGAAACAUUAGGAAUACAUUCAACAUGAAUUUUGGGAAUUUCUCAUUUUUUAAACUUACCUAAACUAUCGAAAUAACCUUCUAUAGUUAGAUUCUUUCUUCUAGCUGGCAACCUACCCGGAUGCCGAAGAAGAAGCAGCUCCACUGGUUGUGACGUCACCACAGGCAUCAGCUCCCGCUACUCCCGCGACUCCGGCCGAUCAGUUGUCCAAAAGACUACGGCUGCGAAACAAAGUCAGCGAGAAGUUGUCUAACUGGCGAAGGAGUGGGAAGAAGAAGGACGAGGAGAUUAGGUAGAACUCCGCUCAAAGAACGAUGAAAGACGUAGUUGUUGCUCAGAAAUGUCUCGGAACACGGCGAAGCGGGACAUGUUCACUACAGUCAGACUGAUCCGGACAGUCCUGGAGCCAGUGUUGUGGUAGGAGUUUUGGGAAAAGAAAGUUUCAGCAAACCUUUUUUCAGGAUUGUCUCUCUGAUUUCCUACCGCAUCUUGAGGGGUCUCCUUUCAUUGCAACAUUGUAUUUUCAGGUUUCUAUUAUUUUAAUUGAUCUUGUCAAAAACGAACUUUCUAGCCUGGAAACGCUUUCGAUGAGCCGACGAUCCGGAACGCCCAAAAGUUGGGGAAGAAGAUUUUCGCCGAGCUGCCAACGGAGGAGAGAAAGUUGAAAAUUAAUGAACAGGUUGGGAAAAAAUGAUUUCAAAAUGAUAAGGUUGUUAAUUAAACGAACUGUUGAACAUUUGAAAAUGAAAGAAAAAUGAUUUUGAAGAUUGAUCGGAUACACUUGGCCCAACGUGAGACGAAAGAUGAACGGCUUGUCGUUAGACAAAACGAAGGAGGUUGUUUUGAAACAAAACUAUAGCCCGUAUUUCAAGUUUUUAGAAACGUCACCGAGAUGUUUACGACUCGAAGAUCGGCUCCAGGCCUUGGCCAUCCUCAUGCUCCACUACUGCUCUGGACUUCAAGACUGCGACUCUUCGGGUCGAAGUUCGCCCUCUGGCGUCUCAAGAGAAGGACUUCAAGGAGUGGUACCGGAAAACAUGGAGUUGUGCUGGAAUUGAUGGUCCUUCAGAAAGAAGACGUCGAUGCAGAAAGCGUGGCCGACGAGGAUGCAACAGUGACAGACGAGGUUCCGAAACGAUGA